AUGCCGUGGUACUUCCCUUGGCCUGAUUACAUAAAGAAAAAGGCAUGCAGGUAUUUACUUCAGCGAUAUGUCGGCAAUUUCUUGGAGGAGAAAUUGACUCUCGAUCAGCUGAGUGUGGAUAUUUACAGUGGCACUGGAACAGUGAAAGACGUAAAGCUUGAUGUCUGGGCACUGAAUGAGCUAUUGGAGAGUUGUGGAGCACCGGUAGAGAUACGAGAUGGAAGCGUUGGGAGCAUCUCUGUUGAGAUACCCUGGUCGUCCUUGCUCACGUCUAGUAGCAAGGUGGAGAUUAAAGGAUUACAGCUUACCAUACAACCAAAGUAUAGGACUGAAGAUGGCUCGCCAGAAGGAAAUGGGAGUAUCAGUGACUCCAUGUGGAGCAGUCUGACCAGCAGUAUCAUGCUUGCCCAGGAGUGUCUCAAGCAGGAUCCCACAGAGGGAGAACAGGAGGCAGGGAGCAGCCAACCCUUCGAAGGGCCAGAGCUCCUGGCACAGACUAUCGAGUCAGUUUUGAUGCGAGUGGAAGUGACCUUGAUUGAGACUGUUGUCCGAUUAGAACAUGUUCCACAGGGAUCAAGCACAGGGAUAGCUCUAGAAGUCCAUAUUGAGAGGUUACGUUUCUUUGACGAGGAUGCUCAGGAAGCCGUUCAUCGGGACCAGGGGAGCAGUGUGGACCCUUCCAGCCCGCCGCGCUUUGAACCGGCAGCCUUCGUGCACAAGAACCUACAGAUGAUGGGGGUGACGGUCAGGUGCGAGGAGUUCCCGGAGCAGCAACGCCAGCCUGUUUGGGUCGUCUCCCCGACCAGUUCUCCUCCAUCCUCGUCAGACCUCCUGAAAGAUGCUUUGUCGAAGGGUCUGAACACCAGCGGAGGGAUGGAGCAGAGUACAUUCCUGCAUGCCGCCUCCUCCCCUGAAAUGCCUCCCCAACACCCUCGUGAGAUGAAUGGGGUCAAAGGUCUUGGGUCAUCUGCCUUCACAGCUGACCUUCUCGGGUCAUGCCUGGUCGGAGAGUGUGCUGGUAAACAAGAACUCAAGGUCAAGAUCAAACAGAAUGAUCACAUAGCUGGACCAAAGGCCGACCUGGAUGUCUACCUUGCUUCGGUGAAUUUCUUCCUUUCUCCUAAACAAGUGCAUCUAUUGACGGAACUCUUCAGUGGAUUCCUGUCUCCUGCAACUUCGGAUGUAGCUACUGUACGGGGGCACCAGCCUAACAAAAUUAUGCGACCCGAGGAUUACCAACGGAUAGAGACUGAUAUACAGGAGCAUCAUCAGGUAGAUCAGACAAUGAAGAAAGGAUCAUGGAGUCUCCAUGGUGAUGAUGAUCUUGAUGACGAUUGUGAUGAUGAUCUUCAACCUUCCUUUCAACACUCAUUGGAUGAUGAUGAUGUAUUCUUCUCCAUGACAAGUAGUAUGAUGUCACUGUCGACCUUUGUCCAUUCCAAUGACAUGGAAUCAUCUCUGUCCAGUUCUAUCAGUUCGUGUUCUACUGAUACAAGUCACACAGCUAGCAGUGUUACUCACAUGAGUUAUGGAAGCACCCUGUAUCGAGCACCAGGAGCCUCCCCUAUGGCAACUGCUAUGCCAAGGUCUACUGGACACAAGAAACACAGGCACAAAAAAGGUUACACCGACCACCUGGACGAUGCAGCCGAGAUGACACGCUACAAGAUCCGAUUCAGCAGCAUCACGGCAACGAUCCUCCAUGAAGACCCGUCUCCUCCCCCCGUCAUUCCUGCAUCCACCGUCCCUUCCUCCUCCUCCUCAUCCUCCCUUCCGUCCCCUGCAUCGUCCCAGACCAGGGUUGGCGGCGGGAUGACCAGAGAGGAGGUGUUGUCCCAGAGGGCGGGCUACUUCUUUGCUGCUCUGGGCAAGGGCGGUUUCCGACGCAAGGACCAGGACGAUUGGGCGGAGAGGUUCGAGACGGCCUGCCCCCAUGAUCAUCUCAGGCUUAUAGCAGCUCCCUUUACCCUUGAGUGCAAAUGCAAGAGCAAUAGCCACUGGAAUUUGACCUCGGUCGAGCUGUCUGUUGGGAGCGUUGACCUCCAAGAGUGUCUGUUCAGCAGGCAGAAUCAGACCAAUAGUCUACCUAAUAGGACACCUCAGCCAGCUGAACACAUACAGAUCUUAUCAUUGAGUGGGGAGAGUGGAAAUGAAAGCAGCUAUAUUACCAAACCUAGUAUCAGGACCAAGUUAAAACAUGCUCAGAAGAUCAGAAAUCAGACCAGCAAGAGAAGACAUAUAGUGAAGCCGACUCUUGACGUCAGCAUAGAACUGGGCGUGGUGCAAUGUGAAGUGGAUAUCUCUCUCGUCGAUCGUCUUUACACCUUGCUCCAUCCCCAGCCUUCCUAUGGCAUGGAUUCAUCUGGUCAAAGAAUGUAUCACUCUAUGCAAGCGAAUACUAGUCUGAAUAAACAAGCGUUUUUCAGACAAGCAUUAGAUGAUUCACCAAGUGGGUCUGACCUGCAGACUAAUAUUAGUGUGACCUGUUUGUCUACUGUCAUAGCACUGAGGUUUCCCAUUCCUGAUCUUAGAGGAUUAAGUGAGGUGGCUUGGUGGAGGAGAUCGUUGCGUGAUGAGAUACUCCUCGUACAAAUCACGGAAGGAGAGUUUAAUUGCGCUAUCAGAGAUAACAAGACCCAACAGAAGUUUCUUGUCAAAGCUAGGGAAAUCAAAUCCUCUGUGAAGUUAAAGCCAGAUGAAGCACCAAUCCCCUUUGUGAAAGUGAGUGAAGGCCGGCCAGAUAAUUCAUGCAACUCAGACAAGACCUUCAACUGGCCAAGAUUACUGGUGGUUGUUAGCCCUGUCAUGCAGCCUUCCGUGUUGGAAGAGGACCAAGAGAUAAGCCCAGCUGGUCCUGAUCUAAACAUAUCAUGGGAUAAGAGUUACUUCCAGCAGCAAGAAACAGAACCAUCGCCUUUCAGUUCAAAGAAAGUCAUGUACGAGAGCGAGCAGAUGGUGAUGCCAGGGGACCAAGAAGAGAUGAGAGAUUUCAUGAAAAAGACGAUACCCAAAUCAAGACUAGUGUUUGAACUCAAUAUACCAAGGAUCAAUGUGUUAUUAGAGAGCAAAGACUUCUUAGAAAUACUCUAUAACAGGUUUGCCAAUGACAUGUUGCUAUGGCAGCCGACUGCUCCAACCCCAAGGGAUCCCAUAGAUAGUCGAUACUAUCAAGGGUCAGGUGGUUUGGAUCUAGCUACCCAGCUGGCUGGGAGUAGUGUAGCCGAGAGGUUCGGCAUGUGCAAGUCAGGUCUUCAGUUUGAUUCUGAGUCGGACGAAGAUGAGGAGCCGGACAGCCUUCAGUUCUAUUCUGUCUACGAUCACAACUCAUCGUCAAUGAAUUCAAAAUCCCAUCGGUCAAAGCACGGCGGUCAGAUAGCAGAAAGGACCAGUGGUCAACAUUACAUGUCCUUUACCCUGAAUAUGAACCAUGGUAAACUGACCAUGGGUAUGCCGAUCAAGAAUCCUGAUGGUACUGUUAGUGAGAAUGAACAUGGGGAAUGUCUUCUGGAGGUGGAAGAUGGUUGUUUGUUCGCUGUAACCGCUUAUAAAGGGAAUGACAAUGAGAGUUACCUCAGCCUUCAAGCAAACAGAGUAGCUCUUUACCAUGACGGUUGUGUAACUCACCCCUUCCGGGAGUCUCUGGACAGCACCAGACUGUCCCCUCCAGACCACAUGAAGUGCUGUCUCUAUCUCUCAGACGAUGGGGUCUCCACAAAGACUGGAGGGAGUGUAGGCAAAGGGGGGAACAGCCUGCAUAUGGUGUCCCUGGCCAUGAAGAACUCCUUUGAUCCUGUAGGUAAUGUGAAGACGUCAGAUUGUGCAAUAGCGGUGCGGGGGGCGACCCUUCGUCACUACAUGUGUCAGCCGGAGUACCAUUGGUGUACCCAGUUAGGAGAUUUCUUUGAUGUGAUAGAUGAACAGAUCAUGGGUUAUGAUAUGCCUGCUGUUGUCACCCAGCUUCAUGCCCACUUCUGGGGCUGCGGUCUGGAUUACAGGCCUUUGUACUUACCGUUGAAGUCUUUCAUCUUACUAGAGUCUUUAAGUAUAUCAAGUAACCUGGUUUAUGAAGCUAAGGAAUCAUUACUCAGAUUUCUCAUAGAUGAUGCUGCAUUGUAUAUAUCUGAAAAGUGCAAUGAGACCAAAGUGAAUCUGAAACGAGAUUAUGUGAGUGUUGUAGAUCUUGGUAUGUUAGAGCUUUCUCUCAGACUGAGCACCCAUGAAGGGAAGAAUCCCAAGACUGAGUUGAAGGUCAGUAACAAUGUGGUUCACAUCCGAACCUGUGCCGACUCCUGCAGUGCCCUCGCAAGACUGCUACUCUACCUGUCGUCUGACGGUGACGAAGGAUGUAGCCCAGAUCAUCAGGUGACGAGAGGAAGCAGUACAACGCAGCAAGUAGAGAGCCCUCCUGAGGAGUCAUCAUCUCCUAUACCAAAUAAAGGAGACAGUCCCGUCUCUCAUACCCACUCUGAUCAGAUGAAACAACUGAUGGAAGAAGCUAUGAGAGAACUCAAUGGCGAUUCACCGUCUCCUCAUAACUCACCUCAAAACAAAGAUCAUGUUGUACACAUUCCCUGCACCCUGAAGCAAGACAGCGGGGCGGAAAUGUUUCUGUUCCCCGACGAAGACAACGGCUUGGUGGACGAGGAGGUCAAAGAGGAGGAAGAUGACGACGUCGAAGUCCUGAUUGACAUCAGCCCUCCGGGGAGCAGUCCGGUGUCCGUGGGCAUGUCCUCUGGGAGCGGUGGUAGCUGGACCGAGCCAGACGGGUUCUACAACGACGAGGAGUUCUGUGUUCUGGAUGACCCUGGUAUGGGUGUCUUGAGACACAAUGGUGAACCAGAGGUGAAGGUCUUAGACAAUGGACCAAUCACCAUCAAGCAGGACCACUUUGCUCCUCCGAGGACAAGAGGGGACCAACUCAAUGCUCCGCUAGACUUCCCGGCUCCUACCAUGAGGUAUACUUUGCAAGAGAUGACCGUGGUCUGGCAUAUAUAUGGAGGUCAUGACCUAAGGUCAUUAGGGUCAACCAAUAAUAUCUUCAAACCAGAUCUUAAAAGUACCAGCCCAGCACAUAGUGGAGAGAAAAGGCCACAGGGAGGGAGUACUAGUAAUUCACCUUUUAAGAGACCAGGAGACAAGCCAACUUGCAACGUAGCUAACAUGAGAUGGCAGGAGAGAGGAGGGCCAGAGAGGGACCAUUCGAUUCUUAUGGAACUCCAAAUGAACAAAGUCCGCUUCCGUCAUGAAACCUAUCCGUCCGAUGCAAAGCAGUCUUCAAGACAGAUUCUUUUGAUCAACGACAUUGAGGUGCGGGAUCGUCUCGCUCAGUCUCAAAUUAACAAGUUCUUAUAUCUCUAUUCUUCAGAAGCCAGACCAAAGAGAACCCAUGCAAAUAUGGUGCUAGUAAAGGCUCUUCACAUCCGACCUGAUCCUCAUGUUGACACAGAAGAAUGUUGUCUGCGGAUCUCUCUUCAACCUCUCAGGUUUAAUAUCGAUCAGGAUGCAUUGUUUUUCUUGAGAGAUUUCUUCACAGAGGUAUCGUCUGAAGCUACUUAUGUUCCCAGUCCCGAUCACAAGCCUAGUAAAUCCCCAACAGACAAGAAGGCCCACAAGGUGAGGAUAGCUGAUGCCCCGCCCCAAAUCAUUCCAAAUCAACCCGUCCAAUCAGAUCAUCCCAUUAGUAACCAAGCAACCAGUGAGAAGAUCAAAGUAUUAAGUUCGCCUGCUCAGCCUGUCUUCUUCAAGUCUUUUGUAUUCUCUCCUGAUGUUCUCAUCAAGUUGGAUUAUGAAGGAAAACGUGUUGAUAUGGAUCAAGGUACAUUCCUAGGUCUUCUGGUUGGUUUAGGUCAACUUAACCAUUCUGAACUGACUCUGAAGAGACUACAUCAUAGACAUGGGUUGCUUGGUGUUGAUAGAUUAAUUUUGUUUGCAUUGAAUGAAUGGGUACAAGACAUCAAGAAAUCCCAGUUACCCAGAGUGUUAGGAGGUGUAGGGCCAAUGCAUUCAUUCGUUCAACUCUUCCAAGGCAUGUUUGACCUGGUAAGGUUACCUGUCGAGCAGUACAAGAGAGAUGGUCGCCUUGUGCGAGGUAUCCAGAGAGGCGCCAACUCAUUCGGUACAUCCACUGCCAUGGCUGUCGUAGAACUGACCAACCGGUUCGUCAAGCUCCUUCAGGUUGCUGCUGAGACAGCCUAUGAUGUAGUGUCCCCUGGACCCAGUGUGUCUAGUCGAGCUAUCACGUAUGGUCCAUUCGGUCAGCAGAGAUUAGCUAGACAACCAGCUGAUUUUAGAGAAGGAAUGGCUAAUGCCAUCAACGUGGUCAGAGAGGGGUUGGGCGAUACGGCCACAGCCAUCAUGCAAACAGCAUUGGAAGAGCACGAACACAAGGGCGUGUCCGGAGCAGUUGGGGGCAUCCUGCGACAGAUACCCCCCUCGGUCAUACGCCCCCUCAUCCUGGCAACAGAAGCAACGUCCAGCGUCCUGGGCGGGGUCAGGAAUCAGAUGUUACCUGAUGCUCGGAAGGAGGAUGCAGAGAAGUGGAGGUCAAAGGCAAAGUGAUAUACAGUAUCUUGGGCCUGUUUCAUGAAGAAUUACAAUUAUUAAAACUUUUUAUUCAUGGUAAGUGCUACGGUAACAGGUCUCGGCCGCCAAUCAGUAUCUAAGGAUGCAUAGAAGUGAAGGCCAAAGGCAAAAUGAAUCCUGUAGGACCUGUUAUCAUCAAGAACUUACAAUUAAUGUUCCUUUUCAUUAAAGGUAAAUCCUAUGGCAAUGUGGACUCAGCAGCCAAUUGAAACCAACGGAUGCAUAGAAGUGGAGGUUAAAGGCAAAGUGUUUUGUCUUUGGCCUGUUUCAAGAAUAAUUACAAUUAUUCAUGGUAAGUCCUAUGGUAACAGGGCUCAGCAGCCAAUCAAAAUCAGAGGGUGCUGAGAAAUGGAGGUCAAAGGAAAAGUGAUUUAUUUUGGACCUGUUUCAUGAUGAACUCAACAAUUAUUGCAACAUUUCAUCAAGUCCUAUGAUAACAGGGCUCAGCAGCCAAUCAAUACCAAGGCUAAGUGAAUCCUCCAGGGCCUGUUUUCAUGAAUAACUUACAAUUAAUGCUUAUAUUCAUUAAUGAGAGGUGGAAAUGAACUACAAUCUUGAUAAGUCAAAGUGUAACAGGGCUUAACAGCCAAUUAAAAUCACGGUUUCAAUCAAAAUUCAGGCUUUGUGAGAUAUUCUAGUCUGGACUUGGUGUCAUGGUUCAUACGGGUCAGGACAGGGCAUUCAUGGAAAAUCAAAAAAGAUGAUGAUAUUUGAAAAUACUUUUCAUAUGUCAUUGCUAACAUUAGGGCUACUUAUAUACCUUAUUUCAAUUUAUGUAUAAUUUAUUUGAAGACUUUAGAAGCAAGUGACUAUAUCAUUUCGGGGUACAUACCUCCCUGAUUAAUGCAAUUGAUAUUUAAAGUACAUGUAUAUUUAUCAAGCAACUAAGGAUGUAACAACUCAAAGUUAGAGAUAAAAACAAGCACUGAAGUGUUGUAUUGAUGCAUUGUAAUUUUUGUGUGAAAUGUAACAAUUGCCUCAGUCCCACUAGCACAGCUGACCCCAGACAGACCAAAUCUAUUACAUUAUUUCCAAUGACAUACCAUUGAUUGGUUUGGGGUCGGUUUUGUAGGUGUGACUGUAGCGUACCAUGUAUGUUGAUUGGAGCUGAAUUUCUUGAGCAAUCUGUGAUAUCUUGAGUCUGAUUUUGACGUGCCAUUUGAGAAGCGCUUCCAGCCCAUCCAGUUUGCUGUGCCUUUAGCCAAAGAUUUUUUUUCCCCGCUUUGUGACCAUUGAGACUCAUUUUUCAUUCAUUUUUUAGCUUGAAUAUGUCAUCUGUACAUGACGGAGAUAGGCAUUUUGUUGCCAUACAGCUAUUCAUUCUUUGUUCCUUUCCACUCUUUAAUGUGAAAAUAUUUUCAUCAUCUUUUGUAUGAGGUAUCAUUUUUUUCUUCAUUUUGGGGUUAAGCUAAAUCACAAUGUGAUUUCAUGCAAGCCACUGUCUCGUCACUUAGGUGUGCCAGAGAAGCAUUUCAUGUAAGGACUUGUUGGAUGUUUUAUUUGACAAGUAGUUUUGUGUAUUUUGUUGGAACACAGAUAAAAACAAAAUCAACUAAAAGCAUACUUUGUGAUCAGAAAAAUCCCUGUAAAUUAUAACUUGUUUCCGACCCCAAGAAGCCAAUAAUUGUCUUGCACACUCAUACCUUCCCAAAGUAGAUCAUUAAAUAUACCUGAUCUUUAGAAAAAGGAAAAAAAUUUAGAUACUUUUCUUGAUGUGGAGGUGUGAUAGUACCUCAUACAUUCUUCUAUUUAUUAGCUACUGUUGCACAUAUUUGUGUCUCUGAUCAUGGAAGUGCAUUAUUAUUGUUCAGUGAUUUUAUUGCAGUUAAUGCAAAUAUUUCUUAGAAACUUUUACUUACGGAUGUUAGCAUUGAUUCAAAUCGUCAAUGUUUAAUAUUUUAAUGAAUUGAAAUAUUUUUCCUUCAAUAUUUUCAUUCUGUUGUUUUAAGUUUGUUUGUAAUAUAAUGUGCCAUAUUGCAUUUGUUUCAAUUUUUGGUCUCAAACCUGCCCAACUAAAAAAUAUGCUAUAUCAAUGGCUUUAUUAUUAAACUAUUGUAACAUAUUUUGGAAAAUAAUAUACUUAUUAGGUGUUGGCAUCAACUUCGCAGAGUGUUCAAGUUGCAUAUUGUCAUUACAUUGUGUUGAUGUAACACCAGCCCGGAAUCUAUAUAUGUCCACACCAGAGAAGUGUUAAACAACACCAGCUUCGUUUUGGUGUAACACCAGAAAGGUGUUUAUACAACACCAAUUAGUAUUAAAACAGCAUCGGUUUGGUUCCAAACUGGUGUUGUUUCAAUACUUCUCUGGUGUGGACAUAUAUAGAUUCCGGGCUGGUGUUAAAUCAACACCGGAGUUUUUGCAGUGUAUUACCCAGGCUUUAGCCCAAUUGCUGUCCCGAUGUGAAAGCAAUUAUGUUGAGAUUCAGUGUGCAAGCCACUCAUGACUUUAAUUUGUGUCAGUCUGAACAAACCAGGCCAGUGUACACUGGAGUUAAUGAAAUAUGGUCAUAAAAAUGCUGAGAUGAAGGGAAAAAAUAUGACAUCACACUUUAGUACUCUGCAAGAUGUUUAUUGAAAUGCAACCUGUUAUCAUCUUUUCAUGAUAUCAUUUAUUUUGGUUACGAUAUUUUCCUUUUUCUUUGAAAAAUAUAUGUGUAUUCAUUUAUGUAUUUUUUGUAUUUCGAGAAUAAGAUAAGCUGUAGUUUUGUAUUAAUGCAUCGCUGAAAUCUUGAAAUCAGAGAAAGAAAAGAGAGAUAACUUUGUAACUUGCAAUCUUUCCCCAGACCUAUAUCUUCAGUGGGCUGUUUGACAGGUUUGAAUACAGCUCAGAAAAAGGUGUAUUUUAGAAAUAUGGCAAUAAUGGCAACCUAAUAUUGUCUGAAAACAGUCUACUAAUUCAUGUAGAGAUCUCUUAUUUAGCAAAGAAUGUUGCAACUUAUGUCAUAAGUCUAAAAUACAACUUUUUUGAGAUGCGAAGUUCAACUGCCCACCCUCAAAGUGUCCACAAUAAUAUGGCUAGCUGAUCCAUACAAUUAUGACCCUGGAAUGUACUCAGAUAAUGCUUAUUGAAAAAUUAAGUGAUUGCAUACAUGUUGUUGGUGCUUCACAAGUGAUGGAAAUCUUGUUUUUUAAUACAAAACGUUAAUAAACUGUAUUUAAACCCUGUUAAACACUUAUUUUUUCAGCAUGUACAUGUAAUUGUUUAUAAAACUGUUAAGACUGUUUAAAGAAAAUCUUCUUUUUAUCACUUUCAUGUGUUCUUUCAUUGCUAUCAAAAGUAUGCAAAGUUAACAUUUGAAGAUUAAAAAAAAAAAGAAUUAUAUAUUUUCAGCUGCCAAUUGACUUGUGUGAUGACUACAAAAGUAUUUAUACAGUAUCUAUGUUUUCAGAGUACUGCUAUAAUAGCAUUUUGUAUGUCAUUUUAAUUUGUAAAUUGUAUAUGUUUAUCCUGCUUGCCAUGUAUACAUAAUGUGUGAUAUUAAUGAUAUGAAAGGAAUAUAUCAUAAGUUAAUGUUAUAAUGAGAGAUUUUGAGGAAGGCUUUGUCAAUUGACAAAGUGGAAGAAAAUAGAGAUAUAAACAAUUUAUAUUGUUAUAGAUACUGGAUGAUUGAAUUAUGAAGUGGAAGUGUUUCACAAAUCAAUUUGUCUGAUUUUUUCACUGACAACUGUUUUAAGCUACUGAAAUACUUGUAUCAGAUUGGCUGAGGACAAAUUUGUUAUUAAAAAUUACUGAUGACAUACUUCAUGCAAGCGCAGAUUAAAGUACAUGGAAGUUAUCCUGAAUAUAUUACUGCUAGAUUUAGAAAUUGGACACAGUGAAGUCUUGUACAAUUUUUUUUUUUAAUAUAGCUAAUUAUUUUAUUUAAACACAUAUAUUUAGUUAUUACAUAUACAUGUAUGUAAUGUAAAGUGCAUGGGUAGUAAGUGACUCUUUGUCUUAUUGAAAAUACAUGUGGCAAGUCAUCCAGAAAUAAACAUGUAAUAUCGUGAAAAUAUUGAGUUGCCCGUGUUAUUUUUUUUUUCAAUCUGAGUCUGGUAAUUAUUUUCAUGAUUUACCAAAAAGAAAAACAAACAUUCAUAUAUUGACAUAAAUAUUGAAAAUGCAUUACUUAUAUUACUUAUAUCAAAUUAUAACAAGUAUCCUUCAUUGAUUUGUGAUGUUGAUCAAAUUAGUGUUUUUGCAUUUGCCAACAGCUUGUUUUUUGUAAAAGAAAUUUUAUAAUUUCAUUUUGAUCCAAAAAUUGAUCAAAUGGAUGAAAUGUGUAACAUAACAUUGCUAGUAACAUGGUAUUGGUAUUUUUUAGAAAAGUACCUGGUAAUAUGGCCAUUGUUAAAUUGAGGUAAUAUGAGGAAGCACAAAGUUUUGCCAAUGAACUAAAAUUAAUUUCACACAUUUGCUGUUAAAAUCAAUCUCAAGCAAUAUGUAUGUAAAACAUCACAUCAUAAAACUUACUAUACUGAGAAUAGAUUUAUGUUAUAUGUAUCAUUGAGAUGGAACUUAAAAGUACUGUUUAAAGGGGAACUCGAGCACCAAAAUAAAUUAGGAAAUGAGUUGUA